GCAGCCAACCAAGCCGGCCCGGCCCCAGCCCCCCAGGCCGCGUCCUUGCCUCUGCCAGUGUGGGGUAUGGCCUCCAACAGCAUCUUCGACUCCUUUCCCAACUAUACACCGACCUUCAUACGAGAUCCGAGCACCAGCCGCCGCUUCACUCCCCCCUCCACGGCCUUCCCCUGCGGCGGCGGUAAGAUGGGCGAGAACAGCGGCGCGCUGAGCGCGCAGGCUGCCGCGGGCCCCGGCGGCCGCACCCGGCCCGAGGUGCGCUCGAUGGUGGACGUGCUGGCCGACCACGCGGGAGAGCUCGUGCGCACCGACAGCCCCAACUUCCUCUGCUCGGUGCUGCCCUCGCACUGGCGCUGCAACAAGACCCUGCCGGUCGCCUUCAAGGUGGUGGCCCUGGGGGAUGUACCUGAUGGAACGGUGGUGACAGUGAUGGCGGGCAAUGAUGAGAAUUACUCCGCCGAGCUGCGGAAUGCUUCCGCGGUCAUGAAGAACCAAGUGGCCAGGUUCAACGACCUUCGCUUCGUGGGUCGGAGCGGACGAGGGAAGAGUUUCACGCUCACAAUCACCGUGUUCACCAACCCUACCCAAGUGGCCACCUACCACCGAGCCAUCAAGGUCACCGUGGAUGGACCCCGGGAACCCCGACGGCACCGACAGAAGAUAGAAGACCAGACCAAGGCCUUCCCCGACCGCUUCGGAGACCUGCGCAUGCGUGUAGCACCAAGCACCCCCAGUCCCCGCGCCUCGCUCAGCACCACAAGCCACUUCAGCAGCCAGGCCCAGACCCCAAUCCAAGGCUCCUCAGACCUGAACCCCUUCUCGGAUCCCCGCCAGUUUGACCGCUCCUUCCCUACGCUGCAAAGCCUCACGGAGAGCCGCUUCCCGGACCCCAGGAUGCACUACCCGGGAGCCAUGCCUGCCGCCUUCCCCUACAGCGCCACGCCGUCGGGCACCAGCCUGGGCAGCCUGAGCGUGGCGGGCAUGCCGGCCAGCAGCCGCUUCCACCACACCUACCUCCCGCCGCCCUACCCCGGGGCCCCGCAGAGCCAGAGCGGGCCCUUCCAGGCCAACCCCGCGCCCUACCACCUCUUCUACGGCGCCUCCUCCGGCUCCUACCAGUUCUCCAUGGCGGCUGCGGGCGGUGGCGAGCGCUCGCCCACCCGCAUGCUGACCUCCUGCCCCAGCGGCGCCUCGGUGUCUGCGGGCAACCUCAUGAACCCCAGCCUCGGCCAGGCUGAUGGCGUGGAGGCCGACGGCAGCCACAGCAACUCGCCCACAGCCCUGAGCACGCCGGGCCGUAUGGACGAGGCCGUGUGGCGGCCCUACUGAGCACCCUGGGGACUCGCGGGCCACCCGGACCGGCCCUCCAGCUCCAGGCUACAGCAAGAAACAUACUUUGGCCUAGUCCCAGGGGCCAGAGCUGGCGACGGCUCCCAGAGCUCUGUCCAGCAACAAGUUUGAACAGAGGAUGUGGGGACUUCCCCCAGGACACUGCCCCAGCCCACACCCACCUCUGUUGUCUCCAGCCAUGCCUAGGAUUAUCUCCUGAGUCAGAGGCUACCCCUGCCCAUGAGGAAGGAGGCCUUUGCUGGCUAGAAAAGCUCAGGCUCAGAGAUGUCCAAACUUCCUCUCUCUCUCACCCUGCACCCCGGGGACCAGCCUUCCCUCUGCAUUGGUACCCCCUCAAGCCAAACUGGAAACCCCAACCCCUGAGAUGACUUCACUGUAGAGAGGGAGGACCCAGGACACACCCACACCAGUCCCAAACUUGACUUCCCCAUUAUUCCAGGCAAGCAGUCCUUGACCAGUUCUAGCUUAGCCAAAGACACCGGGCCCCAGAGCAGUCCCUGGUGGCAGGUCCCUAAAGGGAGGAAGGCCUCAACACCUCCAAACACAUUCCAGCCUGCAGGGUCAGCUCGGUUCUCAGGGACAGAGAGGUCCCUGCAGAAAGUGUUACGGUGGGAAGCAAUGGAAUGGUCAGUGUCCCUGCUCACUAGGCUCACUAGGUCCAGCCCAGCUGUGUCCCAGGCCCAGGCCUUGCCUGCCCAGGCCUUGCCUCCCAAUCUGCAGUCCGACUCCCUAAUGUUUGUACCUAGAAGCAAACAACCUUGAAGCAAAGGAAAAAAGCGACUUCAUCGAGCAUUUUUAAAACAAGGUCCGUGACAGGUGAAGUUUUGCCGAUCUGAAAGGCCCGCCUCUGCUAGUGAGAUAUCAGCAGACUCCUGCCACCCUCAGACCUCACAUUCCUCCCAGAAGGGGACCAGGGCCUCCAGGAGGCCUUGUGGAGGCUCUGGUGAGGUGUGCCAUGGCAGAGCAGUGUCCAAGCAGAGGUUAGACAAGGCCCCCCUUAGAUCUGGCAGGUGGGAAGGGAGGCCUUGGCCUAGGGCUUGGGUCAUGGGGACUGUGGGAGAUUGUCAGUGGGAUAGGUUAAAAAGCUCUGACCAGAGCUGGCCCACAGGUGGGUUUUCAAACUGAGUGAGCCACAACCUCUGUGGCCUUGGAACUCUCCUCUAGAAGGCUCCUUAGAGAUGGUCUCUGUGGUCGUGCUUGGCCUUCCCCAUGGCCCACACCUGUAACCACAUACAUGUACACUCCGGCAGGUCAGGGGGACCUGACAACGCUGUGCAGACACCUCCUGUUACAAUUUCUUUUGUCCCAACCUUGUUGGGGGGGGGGAAACCCAAAACAUUUUCUGUCUCUUGGAAGUAGCUGAGUAAGCCUUCCAGCUCCUGCACCCAGACGGGCCUCUUCACCUCUUCUCAGGAAGCAGCUAUAGCCCAUUGCCCUCCUGCCCGCCUCACUACUGGCCCAGACUACCAAGGAAGACACCUUCAGGAUCCUAGUGCCCAGCACUGUGCAAGCCACCCCAGACGACUACCCUUCCUGACAUCCAAACACAGGUGGAGAUGGGAAAUCACACACACACACACACACACACACACACACACACACACACACACACACACCAUUACUCCUCUUUCCCAUCCUUGAUCUUGAUUAUCAGUGACAGCUGAGUCUGUUGUCCGUCCCACAGUGAAUACAGGCAGCCUGGGCUGGUAAAAAUGGUUCCUUAUUUGCAAGGCUACUUUAAAGUGCUACUUGAAAGCACUGGCUAGAAAGAAAGCACAAGGAAGCUGAGGGGGCUUGAUACAAUGUCACUGGGAGGGGUGGGUGGGUACUGAUCCUUUGUGACAUUGUUACCCUGAAGUAUCCUACCUGCUGUGAGCAGGUCUUCCUGAAGCGGGCUCCGAGUUGAGGGGGAGGGGAGGGCCUGCUUUGCACUAUAGGCUGCUUGGUGUGUUUGUUUUUUAUGCACAACUUGCUUGUACAGUCAACUGCCCAUCUUGGGUACUAUUUAACUGUAAAAUGAAAAUUGUAUUUGUUACAAUAAUAUAACAGAUGCCUUGAAGGACC